AUGCCGAUAUCAAUCUCCCCUCCGCGGCCAGUGCAAUACCUUCUCCCUCCGGACUCCGACUCUGACCGCGAUGAUGAAAAGGUAAUACUGGACGAGGACGGCGACUUUGUUCGCAUGGCCUCGGCGCCGCGGAAAAGAUCGAAAGUAAUUUCCAUCGUGACUCCCGGAGAGAUCGUGACCUCGGACCCCCAAUGGAUGCGCGGUCACGGAACCUAUAUACUGCGGGGCAAUGGCUCCGCCGCCACCGGCGAUGACUCGGACGAACAGAUGGAAGACGGCGCAGACGCGGCAGCUACCGGUGGUGGUGGUGGUGGUGGUGGUGGUGGCGGCGGUGGUAGCAUAGUAGCAACAGUGGCGGGCACAGUUCAAAAAGUCAACAAACUCCUCAGUGUGAAACCCCUGCGCGCCCGCUACGCGCCCGAGAUCGGGGACCUGGUCGUCGGGCGGAUCACGGAGGUGCAAUCAAAGCGGUGGAAGGUGGACAUCAAUUCCACGCUGACGGCGCAUCUACUCCUGUCCUCUAUCAAUCUGCCCGGCGGCAUCCUGCGGAAGAGGACCUCCACCGAUGAACUUCAGAUCAGGAGUUUCUUUUCGGAGGGAGACCUCUUGGUCGCUGAAGUGCAGAGUUUGUUCCAGGACGGGGCGGCGUCGCUGCACACCCGGUCGCUCAAGUACGGAAAAUUACGCAAUGGGUACUUUUUGAAGGUCAAGGCGGGUGGGAUCGUCAGGGGAAAGUCACACAUCGUUACGCUCGAGGCAGCUAACGGGGCCGGGGAGGUGGACGUAAUAUUGGGCAUCAACGGCUACGUGUGGGUUUCCAAAAAGACCACGUUGCAAGCCCCCCCCGGUGGGGAGAGCAUCACUCGGUUGGAGGAGGAGGCGAGCGAGGCCAUCUACUCCAACGUGAACGAGGAUAUCGCCCCCGUUACCCGCAGGGAGAUUGCCCGGAUAGGGAACUGUGUCAGGGCGAUGGUCAGAUGGAACGUCAGGGUCGAUGAGGAGGUCCUUAAUGCCGUGUAUCUGUGCGCACUGGAGCUCGAAGAGAUGGGAUUCGAGGAAGAGGGCGGUGGCAGCAGUGGGGCGGAAUCUCUGGAGGGGGAGGUGGGGAGGAGGGUUGUGGAGGCCGGGAUGGAAAAGGUUAGGGAAGCCAAUUCGAAGGCUGGCAGAAUGAUCGAG